ACCACAGGCGAUACCAUAAAGAGUUUUUUCCCGAGACCGCCCCCGGUAUCCUCCUCUCUCCUCUGCGCUCUCUCAGAAAACACCACCUAUAAAUUCUUUCCAUUUCCUCUGCUCAGCUCACAUUACACACAAACAAACAAAGCCUAUUUCUUUUCUUUAUUCUCCUCUGCUUCCUGUCUCCUGCCUUUCCUCUAAACUAGACAAAUUCAGUGAAAAAAGAAAAAAAAAAAACAUCUUCCCCAUGGAUUCCAAGAUUGGAUCUAUUGACACCUGCAAGCCCACCAACGGCGACAUGUGCAGCCCUGCAAACGGUACCGUCUCCACCAUUCAAACUUCAGUUCCCCCCGCCGUGAUCAACUCUCAUGAAUCCACUCUCGGUCGUCAUCUUGCUCGCCGGCUUGUCCAAAUUGGCAUAAGUGAUGUUUUCUCUGUUCCCGGGGACUUCAACCUUACUCUUUUGGACCAUCUGAUUGCUGAGCCUGGGCUUAACCUCAUUGGCUGUUGUAAUGAGCUCAAUGCAGGGUAUGCUGCCGAUGGUUACGCACGAUCGCGUGGAGUUGGGGCUUGUGUUGUUACGUUUACUGUGGGUGGACUUAGUGUUCUCAAUGCAAUCGCUGGUGCUUACAGUGAAAAUCUGCCUUUGAUAUGCAUUGUUGGUGGGCCUAACUCCAAUGACUAUGGGACUAACAGGAUUCUGCACCAUACCAUUGGGUUGCCUGAUUUCAGCCAGGAGCUAAGGUGUUUCCAGACUGUUACUUGUUUCCAGGCUGUGGUGAAUAACUUGGAAGAUGCUCAUGAGCAGAUCGAUACUGCUAUAUCGACUGCUCUGAAAGAAAGCAAGCCUGUGUAUCUCAGCAUUAGCUGUAACUUGCCUGCGAUCCCUCAUCCUACCUUCAGCCGGGAUCCUGUUCCAUUCUCAAUCUCUCCCAGAUCGAGCAACCAAAUGGGUCUGGAGGCUGCAGUUGAAGCAGCAGCAGAGUUUUUGAACAAAGCAGUGAAACCGGUUCUGGUGGGUGGGCCUAAACUGAGGGUUGCAAAGGCAUGCAAUUCCUUUGUUGAAUUAGCUGAUGCUACUGGUUAUGCCCUAGCUGUUAUGCCAUCAGCUAAAGGGCUUGUGCCAGAAUUCCAUCCCCAUUUCAUUGGAACUUACUGGGGUGCUGUGAGCACUGCCUUCUGUGCUGAGAUUGUGGAAUCUGCUGAUGCUUACUUGUUUGCUGGACCUAUAUUCAAUGACUAUAGCUCUGUUGGAUACUCUCUCCUUCUCAAGAAAGAGAAGGCAAUCAUUGUGCAGCCUGAUCGAGUGGUGAUUGGAAACGGACCUGCUUUUGGAUGUGUUCAAAUGAAAGAUUUUCUCCACGCCCUUGCCAAGAGGCUGAAGCCCAAUACUACUGCACAUGAAAACUACCGCAGAAUUUUUGUUCCUGAGGGACAUCCUUUAAAAAGUGAACCUAAAGAACCAUUGAGGGUUAAUAUUCUCUUCCCACAUAUACAGAAUUUGCUGUCUGGUGAAACUGCUGUGAUUGCUGAGACAGGGGACUCAUGGUUUAACUGCCAGAAGCUGAAAUUGCCAAAAGGAUGCGGGUAUGAGUUCCAAAUGCAAUACGGAUCAAUCGGUUGGUCUGUUGGGGCAACUCUUGGAUAUGCACAGGCUGUGCCCGAGAAACGAGUGAUUGCUUGCAUUGGUGAUGGUAGCUUUCAGGUGACUGCUCAAGAUGUGUCGACAAUGCUGCGAUGCGGACAGAAGUCCAUCAUUUUCCUGAUCAACAAUGGUGGAUACACCAUUGAAGUUGAGAUCCAUGAUGGUCCAUACAAUGUGAUCAAGAACUGGAACUACACUGGCUUGAUUGACGCAAUCCACAACGGAGAAGGCAAGUGCUGGACAGCCAAGGUCCAUUGUGAGGAAGAGCUAAUUGAAGCAAUUGAUGCUGCAACUGGACCAAAGAAAGAUUGCUUGUGCUUCAUAGAGGUCAUUGUUCACAAGGAUGAUACUAGCAAAGAACUCCUGGAAUGGGGCUCCAGGGUCUCUGCUGCCAACAGCCGACCACCAAAUCCUCAGUAGAAUUUAAAAUGUGAAGAUCGUUAAUUCCAAGUUCACAGUCUACCGCUAUUGUUCCUUUAGUACCAGAUUUUUUUUUGUGGUUUUUGAUGAGUCUGCAUAUUCUGACAUAUCUGUUUCAAGUUUAAAGCUUAUUUUCUGAUGUGGAA